AUGUUGCGCCACGACCUUCCACAAGAUGUGGUAGUGGAAAUCCUAGCAAGGUUGCCAGUGAAAUCCUUGAUGCGAUUCAACUGCGUACAUAAAUCCUGGUAUGCUCUUAUGAGAAGCCAUCAUUUUAUCACCAAGCACCACAAAUUUGCCACUUCUAACAAUCUGGGACGCGGUGUUGUCUUUAAAUAUCGGACGUCCAAGGGACACCUGUGUGUCUCAUUGCUGUCUAAUGAUACCCUAGAGGUUUCCAGAGAUGUAGAUUUAUUGUCAUUGUUCCCAGACAAGAUUGACGGCCUACACUGUAUUUAUGGUCCAUACAAUGGAAUAUUUUUUCUGCAAGGUUUAUAUAAGGGUGAAAAUGUUGAGGAUUUAGUGUUGUGGAACCCUGCCACAAGAGAAUCAAAGGUGCUUCCCGAAAUAAAGCGAAGCCGUCGUUAUGAUUCAGGAAAAAAAUUUUGCUUCAAAUUUGGCUUCGGAAUUGAUCCCAACACCAAUGAUUACAAGGUGCUUAGGAUUGUGGACUUCUAUGGUCGCCAGCAACUCCAAUUUGAGGUAUACAACCUUAGUACCGAUUCUUGGAGAGUGAUUGAUAGUUCCCUUAGCAAACUUUAUAACAUAUACUCUCCUAGUUUUCCAUCAUACCUAAAUGGAUUUCAUCAUUGGAAGGCUGCAGAGAUUUGUAUGAAAGCUAGACGUAAGGGAAAGCUGUUCCCUGAACAUGGGCCUACUCGCUUGUUCAUAGUUUCAUUUGACACGAGUAAUGAGGUAUUCCUAGAGACACCGCUUCCCACAGUACCACGUGCAUCUGGUUUCAUAGGACAGAAUAUUGCUGUUAUCAAUGAUUCUGUAUCCUUGAUUGUAGGAUAUUGUGAUACUAGGAAUCUAGAUAUCAACUGGUUUGAUAUCUGGGUGAUGAGUAGUGAAAUUGGUGUUGAAAGGACUUGGACUAAGAAAUUCAAGGUCGAGGGAUCUGGGCUUGCUUUUGGUGAUAGACUUUUAGAAAUUCGAGAGGAUGGGUUGGUUCUUUUACAUAAAAAUGAUGGAAGCUUGGCAGUAUAUGACCGCAAAACACAAGAACUAAGGAAAAUUGCAAAAUAUGGGAACCAUUUUUACGAGUCCCUCGCUAUUACUUACACAGAGACACUAGCUUUUAUGAAUGGAGGAGGUAAUUUAAGUGAGUAACAAAACCAAUUCAUAAUAUGUCUAUGGCCUCUCUAUGGAUUCUUUUAUGGUGUAGACCUACAAGAAUAUUGUAAUCCAUUUCAG